AUGGGAAGGGCUCCUUGUUGCGAGAAAAUAGGGCUGAAGAGAGGGAGAUGGACAACUGAGGAAGAUAAGAUCCUCACUAAUUAUAUUCAAACCAACGGUGAAGGUUCUUGGCGGUCAUUGCCUAAGAAAGCUGGAUUGUUGAGAUGUGGAAAGAGCUGUAGACUAAGGUGGAUAAACUAUUUGAGAAUGAACUUGAAACGAGGCAAUAUCACAGCCGAGGAAGAAGACAUCAUCUUCAAGUUGCAUUCCCUUUUCGGCAACAGGUGGUCGCUUAUUGCAACACAUCUACCAGGGAGAACAGACAACGAAAUUAAAAAUUAUUGGAACUCACAUCUUAGCCGCAAAAUCUACUCUUUCAAAGCCGUUUCUGGAGAUGAACAUUAUCUUAACGUCGAUGAUUUAGUCCUAAAGAAGUCUUUUUCUUUUUUCUCUGGAGCGAAAAACAAUAAGAAGACCAAAACGAAGAAGGGAAAAACUAGUAGGUCCUCCAUGAAGAAACAAAAGCAAAUGGUGACGGCCUUGCAAUGUUUCCCACAAUCCAAAGGCUUAGAGAGUGAGAUCACUGAUGGAGGGCAAAAUGGUAAUUUAGAAGGAGAGUCUUUGGAGCCAUACGAGUGGUUGGAUGGUGAGAUAGAGCGGCUCAUGAGUAGCUUCGUCAGGGAUUGUUUUACUGAAGAGGCGGUGACUGAAGUGGAUCACGAUGACUCCGGUCAGAACAAGGUGUGUGAGAGUGGGGACAAUAGUAGUUGUUGUGUGGAUAUUGGUAAUAUAGUGAUUAAUCAUGACAUUAGUGUGGAAAAGGAAAGGGAGGGAAGUGUUUUGAGUUCGAGUUUAAAUGAAAAUGGUGGUACAGAUUGGUGGGUAGGUUUAUGUGACUUUUCUGAAGUUGGGUUUGGGAUUGAUGAGGAGUUGCUUGAUUGGGAGUCGAUGCUUGAUAGUGUGGCUUGUCAAAGUAAUGAUCUCGGGGAUCUCUCAGAGAUUGGAGAAAUCACAAUCUAGUGAUAUUACCAGCAAGUGGAUUGUACGUGGGAAGGCAUAUUAACCCGACGAAACACCAAUCUUUUGAUUUUAAAGUCUAGUGUUUAGUUUGGUUAUAGUGGUUCUUGAAGAUAUGUAGUAGCUUGAUGGAGGAGUGUGC